GGAAUCUCAACUGACAAGCCUGGACCUGGCCUGCCCCAAGGUGAAAGGAAAGCAAGCCAGGAUGGAUAUUUACGACACUCAGACCUUGGGGGUUGUGGUCUUCGGAGGAUUCAUGGUUGUUUCCGCCAUUGGCAUCUUCCUCGUGUCAACCUUCUCCAUGAAGGAGACGUCCUAUGAAGAAGCUCUGGCCAACCAGCGCAAGGAGAUGGCGAAAACUCACCACCAGAAAGUGGAGAAGAAAAAGAAGGAGAAAACAGUGGAGAAGAAAGGAAAGACCAAGAAAAAGGAAGAUAAACCUAACGGGAAGAUACCUGACCAUGAUCCAGUCCCCAACAUGACCAUCCUUCUCAAAGACCCAAUGCGGGCACCUGCAGUGGCCGUGGCUCCAACCCCAGUCCAGUCCCCCGUGGUCAUUGCCCCCAUAGCCACGGUACCAGCCAUGCCCCAAGUGAAGCUCGCCUCCUCCCCUAAGGACAAAAAGAAAAAGGAGAAAAAAGUGGCAAAGGUGGAACCAGCAGUCAGUUCUGUAGUGAAUUCCAUCCAAGUUCUUGCCUCCAAGGCUGCCAUCUUAGAAACUGCUCCCAAGGAGUCAGCGCCUAUCCAAGGCAAAAAUGCAGAUACGGUCCAGAGCCAAGAUGCACCAAAGCAAGAGGCUCCUGCAAAGAAGAAGUCUGGUUCAAAGAAGAAAGGGCCCCCGGAUUCCGACAGCCCUCUCUGCCUCCCCUACAAGACGCUGGUGUCCACGGUUGGAAGCAUGGUGUUCAACGAGGGGGAGGCCCAGCGGCUCAUUGAGAUCCUGUCCGAGAAGGCUGGCGUCGUUCAGGACACCUGGCAUAAGGCCACUCAGAAGGGCGACCCCGUGGCGAUUCUGAAGCGCCAGCUGGAGGAGAAGGAGAAGCUGCUGGCUGCAGAGCACGAAGACGCAGCUGUCGUCAAGAGCAAGCUGAGGGAGCUCAACAAGGAGCUGGCCGCAGAGAAGGCUAAGGCCGCGGCCGGGGAGGCCAAGGUGAAGAAGCAGCUCGUGGCCCGGGAGCAGGAGAUCACGGCUGUGCAGGCGCGCAUGCAGGCCAGCUACCGCGAGCACGUGAAGGAGGUGCAGCAGCUGCAGGGCAAGAUCCGGACUCUGCAGGAGCAGCUGGAGAACGGCCCCAACACGCAGCUGGCGCGUCUGCAGCAGGAGAACUCCAUCCUGAGGGAUGCCUUGAACCAGGCCACAAGCCAGGUGGAGAGCAAGCAGAAUGCCGAGCUGGCCAAGCUCCGGCAGGAGCUCAGCAAGGUCAGCAAGGAGCUGGUGGAGAAGUCGGAGGCUGCACGGCAGGAGGAGCAGCAGCGGAAGGCUCUGGAGACCAAGACGGCCGCCUUUGAGAAGCAGAUCCUACAGCUGCAAGCAGCUCACAAGGAGAGUGAGGAGGCCCUGCAGAAGCGCCUAGAUGAGGUCAGCCGGGAACUGUGCCGCUCCCAGAGCAGCCAUGCCAGCCUGCGGGCCGACGCCGAGAAGGCCCAGGAGCAGCAGCAGCAGAUGGCCGAGCUGCACAGCAAACUGCAGGCCUCUGAGGCGGAGGUGAAGAGCAAGCGUGAGGAGCUGAGCGGUCUCCACGGGCAGCUCAAAGAGGCCAGAGCCGAGAACUCACAGCUCACGGAGAGAAUCCGGUCCAUCGAGGCCCUGCUGGAGGCAGGCCAGGCCCGGGACACACAGGAUGCCCAGGCCAGCCAGGUGGAGCAGCAGGCCCGCCUCAAGGAGCUAGAGUCCCAGGUGUGGUGCCUGGAGAAGGAGGCCACCGAGCUCAAGGAGGCAGUUGAACAGCAGAAAGUGAAGAACAACGACCUCCGAGAGAAGAACUGGAAGGCCAUGGAGGCUCUGGCCUCAGCCGAGAGAGCCUGCGAGGAGAAGCUACGCUCUUUGAUCCAGGCCAAGGAGGAAUCAGAGAAGCAGCUUGGCCUGACUGAGGCACAGACCAAGGAGGCCCUCUCCGCGCUGCUGCCUGCACUCUCCAGUUCUGCGCCCCAGAGUUACACUGAGUGGCUGCAAGAGCUCCGAGAGAAGGGCCCUGAGCUGCUGAAGCAGCUGCCAGCGAGCACAGAGCCCUCCUCGGAGCUGGCCUCCAAGCUGAGGGAGGCUGAGGAGGCCCAGAGCAACCUGCAGGCCGAGUGUGACCAGUACCGCACCAUCCUGGCAGAGACGGAGGGCAUGCUCAAAGACCUGCAGAAGAGUGUGGAGGAGGAGGAGCAGGUGUGGAAGGCCAAAGUGAGCGCCACGGAGGAGGAACUCCAGAAGUCACGGGUCACAGUGAAACAUCUCGAAGACAUUGUAGAGAAGCUAAGAGGAGAACUUGAAAGUUCAGAGCAGGUGAGGGAGCACACAUCCCAUCUGGAGGCAGAGCUGGAGAAGCACAUGGUGGCCGCCAGCGCCGAGUGCCAGAGCUACGCCAAGGAAGUGGCGGGGUUGAGGCAACUUUUAUUAGAAUCUCAAUCUCAGCUGGAUGCAGCCAAGAGUGAAGCCCAGAAACAGAGCAAUGAGCUCGCCCUGGUCAGGCAACAGUUGAGUGAGAUGAAGAGCCACGUAGAGGAUGGUGACGUAGCCGGGUCCCCAGCUGCCCCCCCCGCAGAGCAGGACCCCAUCGAGCUCAAGACGCAGCUGGAGCAGACAGAAGCCACCCUGGAGGGUGAGCAGGCACUGCGGCAGAAGCUCUCAGCCGAGCUUGAGGAGGCUCAGAGCUCGGCAUGUCGGCUACAGGCAGAGCUGGACAAGCUCCGCAGCACAGGGUUCCUCGAGUCUUCAGAAGCAGAGGAGGAGGUCACGCAGCUGAAGGAGAGACUAGAAAAAGAGAAGAAAUUAACCAGUCACUUGGGACGUGCUGCCACCAAAUUACAGGAGCUUUUGAAGACAACCCAGGAGCAGCUGACGAAGGAGAGAGAGAUGGUGCAGAAGUUGCAGGAGCAGCUGGACAAAACAGAGGAUGGUAGCAGCUCAAAGGAGGGCACAUCUGUCUGAGUCUCUUCAGGAAAAGAAGUUACUGUUCAACUUACCAAAUGCCUUACACAUUCCUUACGAAUAAAUAAACCACCCAACACAGCGUUAUCCAGGCCCAACCUCCAGUAGCUCUGAGAGAAGCCAUUAGAGGCAAGAGUCUCUUAGAAUCACAGAACUAGAUCUGCCAGACGCCCCGUUUGUCGAAGAACCUUUGUCACAUUUGAUAAACACUAUUCCCCAGGACCAGCCCUGGACCACCACCGAGCAGACGCCAAAGCCCUUCUCAGCUCUGUGACAGGCCCCAGGGUGUGUGCUGGGGAGGCCGGGACUUCUGGGUAUCUGUAUGUCAAUCAGUGCAAUUGUUUUCUUUCCCUGGGUUGGGGGGGUCAGGAGGCGGGCGGCCCCAGGGGAGUCUCAAAGGCUGUAGAGCAGACUGGAGGGUCACAGCCCAGCCCAGUGAGGCAGCAGCCCCUCACCCCCAGGAGAAGCUGCCAUCAAGAACGGAUGUGUGACCUUCCGGAUGUUAAUGCCAUUAAAACCAACAUUGUCGCCCGGCA